GUCACCCCCUUUUCACUCAGCAUUUUUCUUUCCAUUUUCCGUACCCCCACGAACGACGAUGUGCUCUUCAAGACAUUAAAUAAACAUUCGUGUCAAGUGAAGUGUGCAACUUAGUGCGUCAAUUACGGUGCGAGGCGAUACAACACCCAACUGACAGACCUUGACCGAUCGGUCCCGAAGGACUAACGGAGACAGCUGCCGGAGAAAACAGAAAAUCACCCUCUUCAGCAAAAACCCGCACACGAUGCAGCCACCGAUGGCCGUCCGAUGUCUGCUGGCCUGGAGCCUGCUGCUGAUCGUCACCACCACUGCCGCUGGGUUGUAUGAAAGACCCGCGUACAUUCGACCCUGCCGACGCAAUGACCCGGAAAUCAACAAGUGCAUCCGGAACUCGCUCAACUACGUCCGGCCGUAUGUCGCGUUGGGAUUGCCUGAGCUUAAGACACCGCCACUAGAACCGCUGCGCAUCGAAGAGCUUGCGAUGGAGAACAACGCCGGUGCCGUGAGGAUAAAGGCUCUGUUCUCGGAUAUCGUGGCGUUGGGUGCCGGUAACUACACCAUCAAGGAAGUACGAAGUGAUCUGAAGAAGCUGCGCAUCGACAUGAGCCUCACGAUUCCGCGGGUCGAAUCACGUGGCAAGUACGAAGUCAGCGGAAACGUGCUUCUGUUGCCGGUGCGUUCGUUCGGCGAGUUCUGGACGGAGUUCUCGGACAUCAGCGCCAUCGCCAAGAUCUACGGUAAGGCCAUCGAGCGUGAUGGAGAGUCGUUCAUGGGCAUCGAGAAAAUCACGAUCGAUUUCACGAUGAAGAACGCUCGCUUCAAGGUGAAGGAUCAUGCUAACACGCAGAACGUACUCGGUGAGGCAAUCAACCAGUUCCUCAACCAGAACGCGAACGAGCUGAUCCAGGAGAUGAGACCGGCGGCGUCCCAGAGCAUCGGUAAGCUCUUCCGGAAGUUCCUGAACGAUGCCUUCACCAACCUGCCGACGCGGUUGUGGCUGUUGGAUGACUAAGGACGACGUCCUUCAGAUCGUAGGGUUAAUUUUGUUCAUUAAGCAUAGGUGAUAUUCGUAGCGUAGUAUCCGAGAUCGCGUAGUUGUUGGCAUUCGUGUCCUUUUCGGACACGGAGCGUUGGUCGCCGAAAUUCGACUUACCUUUCGAGAGUGUUUCUAAAACAACCGCACAAAACCGCACAAGCGUACCGUUCGUUUGGUGCGACCAGCAUCCUUAGGCAGGCUAGAAUGUUUAGUUGUUAAAAAUUGCGCCUGAAAACAAAAAAACCACGAGGGCGCAGUUAGCAGCGCAAAAUGAAAACA